UGGCUUUUAUUUUGAAAUGUUCAAAUCCUGUCUCAUCUUCCGCGUUUCGCUUCACACUUCUCUACAGAAGAUUCGAGUAAACGCUUUCAAUUCAUCUCAAUGCCAUUAGUAAAUAAACUCAGAAUACAACCACAGGUUCAUAUACAGAUUCUAGGUGACACGUUUUUCAGAGGUUUAUAUCCACCAUGUCAAAGGCAACCAAACGCAAACACGUAGUCAAAGAAGUUCUGGAGGACUGUGUCACACCCACUGAAGACCAGCAUAUCAUGAGGGUCUUGGGAAGUAAUGGCAAUAACCUCCAUGAAGCUGUGACCGGCAGUGGCGAGCGCUUCCUCGUCAGUAUGCCUACUAAGUUCCGCAAGAACCUCUGGAUCAAACGAGGAGACUUUGUCAUUGUUGAUCCUAUUAAAGAAGGAGGAAAGGUGAAAGGAGAAAUAAGCUUCAUACUUUACAGGGACCAUAUUCAGAACUUGAGGAAACUUGGUGUCUGGCCAGAAGGAUUCCAGGAGGAUCGCACAUCCAGUGAGAGGAACGAGGGAACACCGAAAGAAAGAAGUGAAAGAAAAAACGAGGAGGAGGAUGACAGCGACUCGGAGGAUGACGACAGUGAUCUUUUUGUGAACACCAAUCGUGCCACUGUUCUCUAUAGUGAGAGUGAGGAAGAGACUGAUGAAGAUGAUGAUGAUGAUGAGGAGGAGGAGAAGGAAGAAGAUGAAGGAAAAGCAUAAAACAAGCAAACUACAAAUGAUACUGGAUGAUGCUUACACUACAGCAUGACCAAGAGCAGUUUUCUAUGAUAAUUAACCUUAAUUGGGUUAAAAAACACAAUUCCUGAGACGUUCAGAGCUGAAUCAUUUCUCUCUAAUGGCUUUCAGAUGGUGUUUCUGGUUUAGUUUAAUGUAUUCCCAAUCUAAAAGUCAUUUGUUUCAUUAAAAGGAAACAGAUUAUGUAUCAUAAUUCUUGUAAAUAAGGUUUUGUAAUAAACUUUGUUUUGUAUGCUUGU